GUUGUUGUUGCCGCACACACAUGGGCAGGUACUGUACGGCCGGGCUGCUGUUACCUCCUCAUCUCGCCAUGAGCUACAGUGCUUCGCCCCUGCACGACACCAUAUCAGCGACACACCACACCGUCAUCCACACAGAAACCGAUAAACAAUGACAGUCAUAUCGCCCCACCUGCUCGCGGACGCGUCAGUCAGCCGCACAUAGAAGUGCUCGUGGUCCAACCGCCCUUCUGAGCCCUCAGCCGCAUGGGCCCCUCCUUGAUCUUGAUGGGCCUCGACUCCACCAGCCGCGUCAGCAUUUCUAGAGCGGCCUCGGCGGAUGCCGUGGCCCUCUGCAGCGGGUCGGCUGCGGUGAGGAGGCGGUGGAACACGAUUGUCUUGGCUGCCUCGAUUGGGUCGCCUCGUCCGAUGAUGAGGCCCUCUGGGUCGUCCUCGGGCAAGUCCCACACGUCGAAGUAGUACCUCAAGCCCUCGACAAAGUCCUCCACUGUCUGUGGGCCGUCGUCUUGGUCGGACUCCGGGUCGUCCACGUCGAGACACAUGAGAGCGAUGGAGAACCAGCCCGCCUCCCCGCUGUUGACGCGUUCGACGCAGUCAGCCAGCGGCUCGGGGAUGGCGACCGAUGCCUCCCGCCUCCUUCGGCCCCUGACCCCUCCUCCGCGGCGCCGCGUCGCCUGGCCUCGGCACGCUGGGCCGCAAGGUGGACGAGGUACAGCUUGUGGCUGUUGAUGGACAAGUGCCAUCGCAGAGCGCCAUCCUGGCAGCCCACAACCGGCUUCUGCGACAGAAACGAGACCGCAGCGAUCGCCCCCGUCCAGAGAUCCGAUCGGCAAUCAAAGGAGCUGAACUUCAGAUCGUUCUGCAGGAAGUCCAGGAAGGCCUCGUCGGAUUCAGUGAUGUUCUCUAAGAACUUUUUGGCGUGCGGAUCGCUGACGCCAGCAGUGAGCCGGUGGUUGUUCCGGUCUUGCUUGAGCCGCCAGAUGAACCGCAUGUCUGGCGCCACCGAUGUCUCCUUCCCUUGAGGGUCGAAGCUGCCCUCUGUCUGGCCCGCGGAAUCGAUGUGGCCCACUUGCAGGGUGAAGGUCCGCAGGGAAGAGGGAGAGCUCUGUGGGGGGGACGAUCCGGAGGACCGGAGGGCAGGGGCGGGCGAUGACAGAUGAGGGGGCGGCUCGGGGCUGAUAGAUGCGACUGCAAACACGCUAAGGAGGAUGCUGACACAGACAGACAAGAGACAGACAGGCAGCCAUCCAGCCAUACAUACACACACAGGUGUCUUCUUUCUUCUCCAUCCUUCCAAUGGCUGCUCUUGUCUGUCUGACUUACUUGGUGCUGUUUUGGUCGGAACUAUAGUACCUCCGAAAGGCCGGCCGUCCCACUCUCUGCUCUUGACCCAGAUCCACUAUGGCCCCCCGCACAUCCCUCGGCCUGACCGCCUCCUCCGCAGGCACCUCCGUCUUGUGCACCUCGAGCACCUUCCGGAGCAUGUCGCACACGCCUUGUAUCAUGGCAGACUGCUGCUCGUCCGUGUUGGCCCCUAGGCUGUUCAGCAGCUUGCGGAUCCUGUGGGUGCUGCUGCCGUCGAGAGGUGGCGCGGGAGAGAGUCCGCACUGGUAGAGACGCAUCCGUUCAGCUGCUUCCGGAUUGGGGUCGAUGGACUCCAUGUAGUGCUGCACAGACGAGGGGCCGUCAUUGGGCUUGAGCACGACGCUUCCCAUCGCAGCGCUGCUCACGCCAGCAUCGAGGCCGCCAGGGGUCAGUGGCAU